AUGGAUAAAAAUGCUAUGCGCCGGAAGCGUUAUGCAGAAAUGUCACCCACUGCCAAGGCUGCACUUUCACGUCGGAGGCGUGAGGCCAGGCUUCUUAAGAAAAAGAAUAAAUCAUCGCGCUCUUACCUUCGUACCGUGCCACUCGGGCAUGUUGAAACUGGUGUUUGUUUCUCUAAUUCAGCUCCUACGCGUAACGACUCGUUAGCAGCUUGUCAUGGUCAGGUUGUCGAUAGUCGUUCUGUUGCGCUUCAAGAAUCGUUGAACUAUACGUCUGCCGCUAUGCCUGCCUCGCUCUGUCUAUCUAGUCAAGCUUGUUCCUCUCCUAUUGUCCCACAUUUAGUGCAAUAUAGUUUGGAUUCUGAAGCAUUGGAUCAUCCUCCACAUAACAUUGUUAUAGCCUCGAGCCAGGAACAGCAAACUUCUGAUGCUCUGAGUAAAAAUGCACAUAAUACCUCCACAUCUGUUAACAAUUUAAUGAUUGAAAUUCUAAGUCCCCUCGAUGCAGCUCCUUCAAAUCACUUCUCCAGAAACUGUGUUCCUCCUUCUACUGCAUUAAAUCUCCCAUCUAAAAGUACCUGCCAGUGUACAGCUUCAUGCAGUGGCAGAAUUCCGUGUAGAAAACGUCCCCCACGAAAUUGUUCUGACAAAAAGAAAAAAACUGAACUUCUGGGAUCCCAUUGUUUACCUCAUGACCCUAUGCAUGGGUCAAAUCUUAAGUCCCUUGACUCUUCCAGUACUUCAUGCUCAGGCCACUUAAUUGAGCAGUUUCCAUCUUCUUCUAUUUCAUUCAGUCCUCAGUCUUUUUGCUCUACUCAGCCUACAGGCAACACGAAUGCUACCAGCAAAUCAUCUCGUCCUCAUAUUGGUGUUACAGCUGCUACAACGAAUCUUUCAAACGUUAUAUUGACAACAAGGAGGCAAUCAGGGACACUUACUGAACGCCGUCGUUCAAAAAAAUCUAGGAUUGAUGAAAUUGCUAAAGAGUCUUUAUUGCUCCCUGAUGCUCUUGAUUGUCAGUAUUGUGGAGCUAAAAGAUUCUAUUUGGAACCCCCUAGCUUUUGCUGCUCCCAAGGAGAAAUUUCUAUUGUUGCUCCUCCAAUGCCUUACGCUCUAAAGCGUCUAUUCAUAGGAGAUGAUGAAGAAUGUGAGCAUUUUAGGAAAUUAUCUCGCACAUAUAACAAUAAUGUGUCUUUCACUUCAUUUGCUGCAAAGUAUGAUCCAGAAUUGACAAGGAAUACAAAGGGAGUAUAUACCUUUCGUGUCCAGGGGCAGGUUUAUCAUUUUUUGAAUAGUUUAUCACAGCCUGAUGAUAGACCCUGUGGAAUCCACCUCUACUUUUUUGAUACCGAUGAAGACUUAAUCAGGCGAGUCGCUGCUUCUGACAAGCUUCGCGAGAGCACUUUGAAGCUUUUGAUGGACAUACUUUCUAAUAAUCCUUAUGCUAGAUUCUUUAAGGACCUAAGUGAUGUCCCAGAUCUUGAAAAGCAUAGUGUUGUCCUUAACUGCUUUCCUGGCCUUGACCAGCGCAUUUAUAAUCUUCCUUCUGCUUCUCAAGUCGCUGCUAUAUGGACUGAAAAUGAUGAUGAAUCAGUCGAUAGGCAACCGCAUAUUCUCGUAUAUAGCCGAUCAAAUACUGCUCACAAGGUCCAGCAUUAUUAUGCUUGUUAUGAUCCUUUGCAGUAUCCUCUCUUAUUUCCACGUGGUGAAUCUGGAUGGCACCAUGGAAUUAAACGAGCUUAUAAAAGAAAACGAACUGAUCAUUCCUUUGAUGAAGAGGUUAUCAUUGAUCCCUCUUCUCUGCUGAUCAUCGGAAAGAAGGAUGAGCAUACUGUAUCGGCUAGAGAGUAUUACUGCUAUAGGUUCCAGAUCAGGAAGAAUGACGAAUCUAUGCUAUUGCAUACUCUUAGAUUGCUGCAGCAAUUUUCAGUUGAUUCCUAUGUCAAAAUUGAAACAUCACGCCUGGAUUUUCAGCGCAAGAGGCAAAAUGAUAUUCGGACAGAAAUCCUUCAAGGAGUGCUAGAUAGUGUUUCCAUUGGUCAAAGCGAAGGCUUAAAAGUUGGCCGAAAAGUGAUAUUACCAGCUUCUUUUAUCGGUGGCCCAAGAGAUAUGAGGCGACGAUAUCUUGAUGCAAUGGCAUUGGUACAAAAAUAUGGAAAGCCGGAUAUUUUCCUGACCAUGACAUGUAAUCCAAUGUGGAAAGAGAUUCAAGAUAAUCUGCAAUUUAAAGAAAAACCUCAGGAUAGGCCAGAUCUUUUGUCUAGAGUGUUUAGAGCAAAAUUUGAAAUGCUUAAGGCUGAACUUUUAGACAAGAAAAUUUUUGGAGAAGUCGCUGCAUGCGUUUAUGUUAUUGAAUUCCAAAAACGGGGCUUUCCUCAUGCUCACUUAUUAUUAAUCUUGAAGCCGCAAUUUAAAUUGCUUAAUCCUGAGUCAUACGAUAGAAUAGUUUCUGCUGAGCUUCCUGAUCCUAAGCAGUUCCCUCAUUUGUAUUCUCUUGUUCUUAAGCACAUGGUUCAUGGACCUUGCGGGCACAUGGGUAAGAAUAGCCCUUGUAUGAAAGAUGGUAGCUGUAAAAAUCAUUAUCCAAAAAACUUCUGUGAACAUACAACUCAUGCCGAAGACAGCUAUCCAUACUAUAGGCGGCGGAAUGAUGGCAGCAAAAUAACUGUUCGCAGGUUUGAGCUUGACAAUAGAUGGAUCAUUCCUUAUAACCCAUAUCUUUUGGCCUUGUUUGAUUACCACAUGAAUGUGGAAAUCUGUUCCACUUUGAAGCUGGUUAAGUAUUUGUACAAGUACAUCUUCAAAGGACACGAUCUUAUCAGCUUCAAAAUUAUAUCUGACGAUUCCCGUGCCGAUGUCGAUGAGAUUAGAGAAUUCUAG